AUGGAAUUACACAAGCAACAGGCCGCAGCCCACCGCUCUUUCGGGCUCUCUCCUUGCCGUGCCGAUGGGUGGUAUAAACUUCAUUCCAAACCAGGGAAGAAGGAAAAAGAGAGAGGCGAGAUUGAGGUGGAUAUCCAGUUCAUGAGGAGCAAUUUGACAGCCAGCAUGUUUGAUUUGUCUAUGAAGGAUAAGUCUCGGUCUACAUUUGGCAAAUUGAAAGACAAGUUGAAGGGAAAGCGGAGCAGCGGACUGUCAGACACAGUAUCUGCCAUUGUUCCUAGCAUAACACACUCAAUAGCUGACAGUGAGGAUGAGUCAGCUGAGAAAGAGAAGAAGAAAUUUAAGAUCAAAACCCUGUUUUCCAAGCCUGGCUUACAGAAGAGCUCCCUCUCCCAGUCCAUGUCUGCUCUACCUGCAGUCCAGCCAGUCACAGAGAAAGUGAAGCUUAGACCAGGUGACUUUAAGUCUAGUUGGUAUGACAACGACGACGAUGAGGAGGACGAGAAAACACUUACCCCAGUCUCAGAAAAGAACUUUGAUGGCAAAGCUGAAGAUACAACACUUCAUCCUCCUGCCAUCACGGCUUAUAAGAAAACGGCAAGUGUGGAUAAGCAGCUAAACCAAGCAGCUUCCAGCAGCACCAAGAAAGAAGGACUGUCUUUAUUUGGUGGCCUUAAGUCCAAAAACGAUCCCGUCUCCCGCUCAAAUGUGUGUAUCAAUGGCAGUCACGUUUACAUGGAGGAAUGUGAAGCCAUGCCAAAAGACAGCACUCCAUCCUCAUCCCCUUCCCCUCAGACCUUCAGGAAGAAACAUCUGUAUGCGUCUGAAGAGAACUUGUCUUCCAAAUCUGUUAAGGGGCCUGAGGAAUUGGAAAAAACUAACAGAGCUUUAUCUGGGUCUUCAUCUUUGGAAACCUUUAAAUCUUUGACAUUACCAUCCUACAAAUUGCUUAGUGGUGGAGACUCUAUAGAAAGCAGUGUUCCUUCAAGUGCUGACAGCACAAAAGAGACCAAGAAACCUGCCUUGUUGUCUCUGGUUACAGGAAAAAAGGAAUUGGGGAAAAACACUGAUGUAGAAAAACUUACAGACGUAACUGUGAAGGAGAAAGAUGUCAAAGGUCCUGAAAACCAGAAGAACGAGAGCAAGGCCAAGCCUAUAGAAGUCCUGACAGCCCUGCCCAGAGAGAGCCCUUCAGAAAGCAGCAGCACAGCAUACGUUCCCAGAAACAAGCAGUCGCUCAACCCUUUUGGCGAAGAACAGAAACCCGAAAAGCCUGUAGCCUCUGCGAGGACAAACCAAACCAAAGUGGUUAAGCCCAGACCUCAUCCUGUCAAGCCAAUGAACACCACACCUAAAAGCUUCAGCAUCACCAGUAGUGUGACUGAAAAACGCACCGAGAUCAACCCAAAGAAAUAUGAUCCUUCAGACCCUGCUUAUGCCUAUGCUCAACUGACGCACGACGAGCUGAUCCAGCUGGUCUUGAAACAGAAGAAUGUGAUUACCAAGAGAGAUCUCCAGGUCCGGGAAUUGGAGGACUACAUUGACAACCUGCUUGUCAGGGUCAUGGAAGAAACCCCCAACAUUCUUCGGGUUUCGUCUCAAAUAAACAAAAAGGCUGGGAGAAUGUGAGGUCUCAGUCAGCGAGCCUGAAUAAAGGCUUGUGUUCACUAAACUCCAUAUGUAAAUAACAUGAGGUAGCUGCAACUCUAUGGGCUACCUACAAAAUUACUUUCUUUCCUGUGUCUCUGCCAAAAGCAGAUAUUAUUUACCUGGGAACUGGUUCGUAAUUACAAACAGGUCUUCAAUGUGUGAUCCAAAACUGAAAUAAUCAGGCAACCUGUGCUUUUUGACAUGCUGUCAAUAUUAGACCACUGCCUGCAUGGCAUUUUUAAGAAAACUAGUCCAAGACCAGAUGUGUAAACCUUCAUGUGAAGGAUUUUUAGGGGAACUUUUUUUUUUUCUUUUCUUUUCCUGACACUGGUUCCAGCCUAUUGCGGUUUUUAAGGGGUGGUGUGUAAACUAGCUGCUUCUCAGCAGCUUUUGGUUGGACAAUGGUUUUUAUUUUAGGCCUUAAGUUGUAGUGCAAUAUAAACCACCAUGUACACUAAUGCUUCAAGGAUCUUAUUUUGUUCGAAGAGCUACGUUUGAAGGUGUUCUUUCCAGGCAGUAGCUGGGUACACUAUAUGGUACUGUUUCUAAAAAUAUCAUUGCGCCCCACCCCCCCCCCCCCCCCCCCCCCCCCCCAAACAAAACAAAAAACAAAACCUGCUGUAAAAUGGGAUGUUGUUUAAAUCUGCUUGAAGAUGGAGUUUUACUACCUGGUUGUCGGCAUCUGUUUUCAUAAGGGGGGGAUGUAGUUCCAUUAAGCGGUGUCUAAGCAUACAGGCUCUUUUGAUUUCCUUUAGCAAAGCAACCAUGACAUAAUAGCCUGGUUAACUGCUAAAUCUCUAUAGAAGACAUGAAUUUUAGAUGUGUAUGAAAAGUUCUGAUACAUGUCACAUUCCUCCUUGAUGUUUCUUGUUCUUACCUAGAACAGACCAACUGCACCAUCACAAUCUGCUCCUUACAUACAGGUUCGUACCUGUGUGCUUCUUAGUGCUCAAUUGGCUAAUCUUUGUUGUUUUAAAGCCUGGUUGUGGGGAUUUUUGUGCUACUUGAAUUAACAUAUUUUAAAUAUUUUGGAGUUUGAGAACUUAGUUUGGAACAAUUUUCAAUUAGUAAACAAUUUUCAUUUGGUUUAUAUAUGGUUAACUAAGCUGCAGUCAAAAGGGUGCAUGUUCUAAUUGUUUUCCCCAAAAUUAAUUCCUUUGUGUGUCAGGAUCUCAGAAAAGGGGUGUUGUAAUAGUAUAUUUUUUAAAAAAAACAAACAAGCCAAAGGAAAAGCAUGCACUGCUGUUUUGCAGGACAAUCGGUUAACUCUUUGAUUCUUUUGCCUUUUUGUUGGCUGCCACUUUACUGCUUGCACAGAGAGGUAAAUGUGCCCUCUUGCCUAUUAGCUGGUGCCUUUUUUUCCCCACUGCCAGCUUGUCGGGCUUAUUUAAAUAAAACUUCCUGAGCAGACUGGUAAGCUGUCAGUAAAAAUCAGCAUUUGCUUGGAAGAGAGGCAGUGAGAUUUGAUUUUAAUGCUGCCACCCUGUUCUCUGUGGUAAUGGACUUCUGGUAAGCUAUUAAAAAAAUUAGUUAUAAAUAUGUGAUCAUAACUGAAAUUAGGCAGCUUGGAGAGUGAGGUGAGGAUUGGCGAUGCAAAGUACUUUGGAUAGUAAAUCUUAAACAGAAAGGGUAAUGGAAAGGGACAGAGAGCCAGUGUCAAAGCUAUUGGAAGGUGAAAGGGUCCAUUUAAGUCUCUUCUCAAGCAUCUGAGGACUAAUUUUACCUAAUGAUCAGGAGGAACAGUUUUUAUCAUUCCUCACGUUGGAGCACUUUAAUUAGGAGCAAGACUAACUUAAUUUUCUGUUGCUUUGUAAUGGUGUCUGCUUUUUAUAUUUGUAUGAAACACUGGAAACCACCAUGAAAUUCUCUGUCUACUUUUUAUAGUGAAGAAUAGUUGCAUAUAUUUGCACAGACCUAUACACUGACUAGAAGAGUAUACAGAAAGUAUACAUGCUUUUUGCUUGCUCUUGCUUAAUGUUUUUGAUGGACCCAUGAUUACUAGGGUGUAGUGCAGAGUAAACUCUGCCUGUUGUACCUGCGCCUUCUCUUGAAGGACAGCAGUGAGAACAUUUAAUAUGUGAAGUGAAGUUUUAAAGAAGGUCAUGUUCCAGUCUAUGAUACUGGGUAUGAAAUAGCAGCUUGUUUUGGAGCAGAUGGCCUAAGUUAAGGGGUAAGCUUUACUGUUUUGGACAUGCCUUUAAUUGAAUCUGGAGCAUUAGGUUUUUUAAACAGGAUCUUUGUUAGCAGCCUUUUAAAGUCUAGAUAGUACUAGAUAGCUUCCAUUGAAAACUGGCUAAUGCUGGGUUUUGUGCCUUGAAAUAAUGAGGAAGAUGGCACACUCUUUUUAAAAUUGCCUCUUUGUGCCUUGGUCCCUCUGCAGAGGGGAAUUUUUGCCCAUACCUCAUUAAAAAUAGAUGUAUCCUUGGGACUUGAAGCUGGAGCUUUCUAACAGGUAUUUUUUUCAGUGCCUUGGACAAGUCGAGGAACCACCUGUAACUUUGAAAUGGGUGUUGUGUAUAAUAAUACAUGUUUGAUGUCGGUGUUCAGAAUGGGUUUAAGUGAAACUAACAGAAGUGACUGUUAGUCUCGUUUAAGAGAUCUGGUAUAUGGGUACUAUUCCUCCUGGAGCAGCUGGAGUCCUUGUAUAAUGCUGCAUCUGCCGCUUUAAAGAUAAUUAUUAGAGGACAUUAAUAGGUGUCCAGAAGUUGUAUUCUGCCCCCCGUCCCCUCCUCCCCCCCAGUCUGGGGAGAUUUUAAACCCUGAAGUUAUUUCACAGUCUGGUACUUGGUUUAUGAUAAUCCACUUGAGGUGAGAAUAUUGUGCUGAAGGUGGGAUCACUGAAUUUUGAGAGGAAUUAAGUCUGUGCUAUAACACACUGAAGCUUGGUUUCCCUUGUAGUACAUCUCAUUGAGGUUUCAGGGUCCUCUGGGAACGGUUGUCCUUUAAAAGCCACACUUGUGCUCUCUUAGCUGUGCAGCUGUUGCACAAUUCUCACGUACCUCAAAUCUGUCAGUGGCAAUAUCUUUUUGAAGUGUCCAGGCAAAAGGGGAUUGGUACUUCUGUGUUAAGCAGGGUGCAAUUCAAGGCAAAGUGAGUGUACAGAGCCUUGAUAGAUGAGCUUCGCUGAAGGUCAAUUACUGAAGGAUCUGAAUGUAUUUUUUUUAUGUUUUUAAUGUUUUGCUCUGUUAGUGUGUGUACCUAUUAUAGAGGUCUUCUUUAAUUGACAUUUUUCAUGGAACACUAAAAUAAAAGCGUUUUAAAUUCCA